AUGGCCAACCAAGGCUCUGAGGACUGUCUAGAGACCAAUGUCAAUGAUGGCUUCGUGACCCGGUUAGACUUGAAGGUCCACCAAGGCCCCACGGCCAACCAAGGCUCCGAGGACUGUCUAGAGACUGAGGUCAGCCAAGGCCCUAUAGCCUGUCUGGAUCCGAAGGUCCAGCAAGACUCCACGGCCUACCAAGCCUCCAAGGACCACCUAGAGACCAAGGUCAACCAAAGCCCCGUGGCUUGUCCAGACUUGAAGGUCCACCAAGACUCUCUGGCCAACCGAGGCUCCGCGGCCCGUCCAGAGACCGAGUUCCACCAAACCCCCAUGGCCGACUGGUUUGGGGGUGCCCCGGGCCAAUGGGCGCGCUACGGGCGCUGGGCGCCGGGGGCCGGUGGCCAACUGAGCUUCAGCUUGAAGACCAACAUCUCCCGGGCGUUGCUGCUCUACCUGGACGACGGCGGCAACUGCGACUUCUUGGAGCUGCUGGUGGCCGAGGGGCGUCUUCGCCUCCGCUUCGCCAUCGCCUGCGCCGAACCCGCCACGGUCCAACCGCCGGCGGCAGUGAGCGACGGUCGGUGGCACAUGGUGCUCCUCACCCGUAACGCCCGCGAAACCGCCUUGGCCGUGGACGGGGAGGCACGGGCGGCCGCCGUCCGCUCCAAGCGGGCCGAGAUGGCAGUGGCCAGCGACCUCUUCGUAGGCGGGAUCCCACCCGACGUCCGCCUCUCGGCAUUGACCCUCAGCACCGUCAAGUACGAGGCGCCCUUCCGGGGUUGGUUGGCCAACCUGAAGGUCGGGGACGCGCCGGCGGCGCUGUUGGGCGCCCAAGGGGUGCGGGGCGAGGGGGAGGACGUUGCGCCCGCCACCCGCUCCUGCGCCCACGGCGGCCGCUGCACCCUGCGCCGUGGAGAGCCCCGCUGCGACUGCGCCGGCACCGGCUACCGCGGGCCCUUCUGCGCCGAAGAGGAAGAACCCACGGUGGAAGGUCCCGCCCACCUGCGAGUCACCGGCCAAGGGCCCGCGGAGGUCGCCGAGGGGGGGCCCGGCCGCGGCGCCGGCGAGAUCCAGACGGCGGCGAAAGGCCGGGAGGAGUACGUGGCCACCUUCAAGGGCAACGAGUUCUUCUGCUACGACCUGUCCCACAACCCCAUCCAGAGCAGCACGGACGAGCUGACGCUCUCCUUCCGCACGCUGCAGCGCAACGGGCUGCUGCUGCACACCGGCAAGUCGGCCGACUACGUCAACCUCUCGCUGAAGAGCGGCGCCGUCUGGCUGGUCAUCAACCUGGGCUCCGGCGCCUUCGAGGCGCUGGUGGAGCCCGUCAACGGCAAGUUCAACGACAACGACUGGCACGACAUCCGCGUCACCCGCAACCUGCGACAGCACGCAGGGAUCGGACACGCUAUGGUGACAAUUUCGGUGGACGGGAUCCUGACGACGACGGGGUACACGCAGGAGGACUACACCAUGUUGGGCUCCGACGACUUCUUCUACGUGGGGGGGUCCCCCAACACCGCCGACCUCCCCGGCUCCCCCGUCAGCAACAACUUCAUGGGCUGCCUCAAGGACGUGGUCUACAAGAACAACGACUUCAAGCUGGAGCUGUCGCGCCUGGCGCAGGAGGGCGACGGGCGCGUGACGCUGCACGGGGCCCUGCUCUUCCACUGCGAGGCCGUGGCCGCCCUGGAGCCCGUCACCUUCGGCACGCCUCAGGCCUUCCUGGCGCUGCCGGCAUGGCGGGCGGCACGCGCCGGCUCCGUCUCCUUCGACUUCCGCACCACCGAAGCCAACGGGCUCCUGCUCUUCGGGCAGGGGCGGCCGCAGGGGCCCGGCCACCCCCGGCCCGACUACUUCGCCCUGGAGCUGCUGGACGGGCACCUCUACCUGCUGCUGGACAUGGGCUCCGGCGGCAUCAAGGUGCGCGCCAGCGCCCGCAAGGUCACCGACGGCGAGUGGUGCCACGUGGACGUGCAACGGGACGGGAGGAAAGGCUCGGUGUCGGUGAACAGCCGCAGCACCCCUUUCCUGGCGAGCGGCGAGAGCGAGGUGCUGGACCUGGACUCGGAGCUUUACCUGGGGGGGCUCCCCGAGGGGCGGCCGGGCCCCCCGCUGCCCCCCGAGCUCUGGACGGCCUUUCUGCGCUACGGCUACGUGGGCUGCGUCCGCGACCUCUUUGUCGACGGCCGCAGCCGGGACGUGCGACGGCUGGCGGAGGAACAGGCUGCCCCGGGGGUUACCCCCUUCUGCGCCCGCGAGCCCCCCCGGCACUGCGCCAGCGGGCCCUGCCGCAACGGGGGGCUCUGCCGCGAGGGCUGGAACCGCUUCAUCUGCGACUGCCUCGGCACCGGCUACCUGGGACCCCGCUGCGAGACCGAGGCGGCGGUGCUGAGCUACGACGGCAGCAUGUACCUGAAGAUCCUGGUGCCGGGGGCGGCGCAGACGGAGGCAGAGGACGUGGCCCUGCGCUUCAUGUCCCCCCGCGCCUACGGCCUCGUCCUGGCCACCACCUCCCGCCAGUCGGCUGACACCCUGCGCCUCGAGCUGGACGGGGGGCGCAUGAAGCUCACCGUCAACCUGGACUGUGUGCGCGUGGGCUGCCACCCCAGCAAGGGCCCCGAGACCCUCUUCGCGGGGCAGAAGCUGGAUGACAACGAGUGGCACACGGUGCGGGUGGUGCGGCGCGGGCGCAGCCUCCAGCUCUCCGUCGACAACGUCACCGUCGAAGGGCAGAUGUCGGGCGCCCACACCCGCCUGGAGUUCCACAACAUCGAGACGGGCAUUGUGACGGAGCGCCGCUUCCUGGCCGUGGUGCCCUCCAACUUCCUGGGUCACUUGAGUGGGCUCCUCUUCAACGGGCUGCCCUACCUGGACCUCUGCAAGAACGGGGACAUCAGCUCCUGCGAGCUCAACGCCCGCUUCGGCCGCCGGACCAUCGUGGCCGACCCGGUGGCCUUCCGUGGUCGUGGCUCCUACGUGGCGCUGGCCACGCUCCAGGCCUAUGCCUCCAUGCACCUCUUCUUCCAGUUCAAGACGACGGCGCCCGACGGCCUCAUCCUCUUCAACAGCGGCAACGGCAAUGACUUCCUCGUCGUCGAGCUCGUUAAGGGGUACAUCCACUACGUGUUCGACCUGGGGGACGGCCCCUCCCUGAUGAAGGGGAACUCGGAGCAGCCGCUGCACGACGGGCGCUGGCACGAGGUGUCGGUGGCCCGGGAGGGGGGGACCCUGCACGGGCUGCGGGUGGACGGGCGCCCCGUCACCCAGCACGGGCAGGGCGCCCGCAACCUCGACCUCAAGGGGGAGCUGUACAUCGGGGGCGUCAGCAAGGGGCUGCUGGGGCGGCUGCCCAAGCUGGUGGCCUCGCGCGGGGGCUUCCAGGGCUGCCUGGCCUCCCUCGACCUCAACGGCCGCCUGCCCGACCUCCUGGCUGACGCGCUGCACCGCGUGGGCCACGUCCAGCGCGGCUGCGAUGGCCCGAGCACGACGUGCACGGAGGAGUCGUGCGCCAACCAGGGCGUCUGCCUGCAGCAGUGGGACGGCUUCACGUGCGACUGCACCAUGACCUCGUACGGGGGCCCCGUCUGCAACGACCCGGGCACCACCUACAUCUUCGGGAAGGGGGGGGCACUGAUCACCUACACGUGGCCCCCCAACGACCGGCCCAGCACCCGCGCCGACCGCCUGGCCCUGGGCUUCAGCACCCACCAGCGCGACGCCGUCCUGCUGCGGGUGGAGAGCGCGGCCGGCCUGGGGGACUUCCUGCAGCUCCACAUCGCGCAGGGGGCCGUGGGGGUGCUGUUCAACGUGGGGACCGAGGACAUCGCGCUGGAGGAGCGGGGGGCGGCCGUCAGCGAUGGGCGCUUCCACGUCGUCCGCUUCACCCGCAGCGGCGGCAACGCCACCCUCCAGGUGGACGGGGGCCCCCUGCACGAGCGCUACCCCCCAGGCAGCGGGGACAGCGAGCGGCUGGCGCUGGCGCGGCAGCGCAUCCCCUACCGCCUGGGGCGGGUGGUCGAUGAGUGGCUGCUCGACAAAGGCCGCCAGCUGACCAUCUUCAACAGCCAGGCGGCCGUGCGGGUGGGGGGCCGGGACCGCGGCCGCCCCUUCCAGGGGCAGCUCUCGGGGCUCUACUACAACGGGCUGAAGCUGCUGGCGCUGGCGGCCGAGGGGCACCCGCGGGUGCGGCUGGAGGGGGACCUGCGGCUGGUGGGGGAGCCCCCCCCGCCCCCCGCCCCGCCCGGCGCCACCCCCGCCCCCCCCGACAUGGCCACCACCAUCAUGGAGACCACCACCACCAUGGCCACCACCACCACCCGCCGCGGGCGGUCGCCCACCCUCCGCGAUACCGUCGCACAGAACACGGACGACCUGCUGGUGGCCUCGGCCGAGUGCCCGAGCGACGACGAGGACUUGGAGGAGUGUGAGCCUGGCACAGGCGGUGAGCUGGUGCUGCCGGCAUCCCCGGCGGGCGGGGGGCCAGCCUCCCCCCCGCCGCCCCCCCCGGCCUCCCCCCGCGCCCCCCCUGGCUGCGGCCCUGACUGUGAGGAGCCCUCGGGCUUCGCCUCGGGGGAGGCGGCCGACCCCAACGUGCCGCCGGCCGACGACGAGGACUUCGCGGGCCACGGCGGUGACAUCACCGCCUCCCGCCGCGACGACGUCACCGCCGACGUCAUCACCGAUGCCAACGAGGAGACGGUCACCGUCCCCACCGUUGUGGCCGUCCCGCUGCCGGGCUUGGUGCCGGCGGGCGAGCGGCACCCGCGGGAGGGAAGCGCGGGGCGCGGGCGGGUGACGGCCGCCCCGGUCACCCGCCGCCCCGCUGUCCCCACAGCCGCCGCGCCAGGCGCCGUUGAAGUGGUGCGGGAGGCGGGCGGCACCACCGGCAUGGUGGUGGGCAUCGUGGCCGCCGCCGCCCUCUGCAUCCUCAUCCUCCUCUACGCCAUGUACAAGUACCGCAACAGGGACGAAGGCUCCUACCAGGUGGACCAAAGCCGCCACUACAUCGGGGCAGCCCCCCCCAACGCCGCCACUGCCGCCGGGACCCCGGGGGGGGCCCCCAACGCCGCCGCGCCCCCGGGCGGGGGGACUCCCAAGGAGAAGGUCCCCCCCGCGCCCCCCAAAGCGCCCGGCAAGGCCCGACGCAACAAGGACAAGGAGUACUAUGUCUGA